CGCGCGAUAAGCGCGCUUCCUCCAAAUCGUGAGGAGUGUUUGUUUUGGAGCGGAGUUGAGAGUCUACUGCACUAUAACCCGGCUUAUGACCUCUCAUGUAGCUCAAUAGUACUACAAGAGGCUCACAUAGUAUCAAAUUAUCACCAUGCAUAUCGUACAGGCCCCAUAUUCGACGGGUUCGACCCCAAGAGACAAUUUUCCGCAGCCGGUCUUACCGGCUGAAAACAUGGCUCCCUCUGCAGAAGGCAACGUGAAAAUAUUGAACGUUGUGGAGACCAGUUCUGAAGUUAUGUGUUGUCGUUUCAACUUGGACGGAAGUCUUAUAGCCGUUGGUCUUGCUAAUGGGACGAUCAAAGUAUAUUUAGCAGAAAAUGGGAAUUGUGUUUAUAGUCUUCACGACCAAGAAACCUUAAACAGUCAUUUGCCUGUGACUUGUUUGCGAUGGAAGGCUGCUGGCGCAAAUGAGGAUUUCGGAAACAUUCUGUUAGCAACUUAUGCAGAUGGAUGUGUGAAGCACUGGCACGCCUCUACAAGCAAAUGCCUCUCGACUCAAAAGGAAGGACGCCAAGUGUUAGCCUGCUCUAUCAAUUUCUCUGCUGAUAGAUUUGUGACGUCUGGCUCAGACACUAAGAUCUUUCUAUAUGACGAGAAAACAAAACAAACUGUCAGUACAUUUCAGCCAAGCACAUCCCACCUUGUGAUGGAUGGCCACAUGAGUAGGGUAUUCUCGGUACAGUUUGUACCGGGAGAGGACCAUGUGUUUCUCUCUGGUGGCUGGGAUGAUACUGUACAGUACUGGGACACAAGAGUUGACGCCAAACAUUCUAUAAGGAAGAUUUUUGGUCCUCACAUUUGUGGUGAUGCCUUGGACAUCCACCCCAUGAAUUUCAAUAUCCUAACUGGGUCAUGGCGUAAGGAUGACACCCUUCAGAUCUGGGACUAUGGUAGUGGCAAGAUGAUCAAGAGCAUUCAACACGACUACAACUCAUCCAUGCUGUACAGUGUGCAGUGGCAGGGCUCAGAGGGCAUCAUAGCUGGUGGUAGCGACAACAACAUGAUGAGACUAAUCGACCAGGCUACAUAUCACACUCUGGGCCGAGUGGUUGACCUCCCACGUGCCGUGUACACCGUGGACCACGCCAGACGCUCUCCUCAUCCCAUCAUGGCUGCUGGCACAGAUAACUUUAUUUACUUCUCCAAGCGGAUAUAAUACCAGUACAGAGAAUAACUGAGAAACAGUGGAGUCAAGUCCAAGUUAGCGGAGAGUUUCUAAUUAUCCAAGUAGAAAUGACUGGAAAUUGCCUUGAAGGGAAACUAAAAGUACUUCGUAGCAUAAAGUUUGUACGUUACUUUCACAUUGACAACUUGCCCCUGUUUCUCUGCAGUGUGAAUGCUCCAUAAGUUAUUCAACUCUGCCUGAAGCUUGCUCUACAUUAGCGAAAGAAACGGAGACAGAGAAGGCAGUGAAGACAUAAGAGCUUAUGUCUGUCUGCAAGUUAACACGAAGGGGAUGCAAAUGGGGGAAAGGCGCCGUCCCAUUACUUCACCGCUUCAUACGCUUUCGUCUCCUUCUCUCAGUAAGCACCUUACGCCUUCGCACUAGCUUCCUUCGCUAGUGUACACAGCACUUCAGAGGUUUUGAGUGUGUGUGUGGAAUGCAAUGGUUAGCUAAUGGUUGGCAUUUUUAAUUCAUAAAGCUAUUUUCUUUGGUUUGUAAAUACCUUUGCUCAGUUAGCGCGUUAUUCAAUUUGUACAUAGGCAGAAAGCUAUGGUCUUGUUGUAUAUCGUAAUUCUGUCCGGACAAAAAUCGGAUAUUAAUCUGAGAAAUUAAAAGCAGAAAAUGUGUCCACGAGUAUCUAUCCUACUAUAUCAGAACUAGAGGCGUGUGCGCUGUGCAAAUAUUUGUUAGCAAAGUAAAUUUUAUUUAUUUUUGUGGGUUUUAAUGACACCAUUAAUUAAAGCGAGUACAAUUGGUCAUAAGUAAUUGACGUAAUUUUUUUAUAAAUGGAGUUAAAAAUGCAUGAUAGCCAUUAGUUUUGCUGCUAGCAAGAAAUCUCGAUAACCGUAGAGUUUCGUAGGACACGGGCUCUGAUUUCUUCCCCAAAUCUGCUAAUUUAUUCACUAUCAGAUCUUAUGCUCCAAAAAAGCUCUUAUCUUUUGUUUCCCAUCAUUUUUCACCUCUGAUAAUCUGAUUUAUUGUUGUGGUCAAAUAUCAGGAUUAAUUCCAAAUUCUCCAUAAAUUUCGACAAUAAUGGCAAAGAAUAAUGUUCACUAGAUGAUUCUUAAUGCUGCUAAGAAGGAGCACAGCAGAAACCUCAGCAGGAUAAGGGGUAUAAAGCAAUAACAUAAUUAACAACGUAACCUUGCACUUAGUACGGAGAGCUUUCUAGAAACGCCUUAGCAACUCAAGAAUAGACUCCAUUCAUCAACAAACUGACAGUGCAGUGAAUCUGAGGCCGAGGCAAGAUGGACUUCAAGCUUGUCAUAUGCGUCGUGGUUCUGCUGAUUGCUGCCUCUGUGGUAGAGUCUCGAUCAAAACACCAAUCAAAAUACAAGACCAAGAAUCUACGUCUGAGUCUAAGAAACAUGGCGAAAAGAGAAGAGCGAUGUGAUUGGGUUGGCACUAAAGAUUGCCAACAUGACGGCGAAUGCAUCGCGACCUGUGAUGGGUAUCAGUUGAUUUGCUACGGGGGUAGAUGCGACAUCGACAACCCUGGACAACCUUACCGGAAGACCCUUGCAAAGCAGGAGAAACGGGAGGAGCGAUGUGAUUGGGUUGGCACUAAAGAUUGCUCUGAUGAUCUCGAAUGCGCGGCAACCUGUGAUGGUUAUUCGUUGCUAUGCUACGGAGGCAAAUGCGACAUCGAUAAUCCUAGCCAACCUUACAGGAAGUCCUUGUCACGUGCCGGCCUCAGACAUUGACGCCAUGGAGUAUGAACAAUACCGGGAUAUCUAAUUUGUAUAAGACGAAAGGGAAAUAAAAAAAAUAAAAAUUA